UGGUUUCAUACAUUGUAUCUGAGGUCACUGACCAGGGCUCAGGGUUAGGCUCGGGGUCACCGGUAACCCUAAGGGGUCACCUGUCAUUUUGUCAAUGUUGUAAACACUGUAUAUAGGUACUUACUUAUCUAGUAUCUGAGCACCAAACAGUAGUAUCGUAAUAAUCUGUGGAUUCUGUGGCUUUGAAUUUAAAUGUUGCUUCGAUGGGUUUCAGAGUUUCAGAGUAUAGAGGUCUGGACUCUGAAACUCAUUCUGAGGACUGAGGUACAUGGUCAUAUAAACAAAUCAAAAUACAUUUAAGGAAAUUUUUAUCUCGCAAGACUAAACAUGAUAACUUUAUAUGUCAGCAAUGGGGUGGCGUAUAUCUGGAAUUCAGAUGACUGGCAUUAUCUUCGAUUGAAUCAUCGGAUAUGUGGCUCAUUGAUCGGGUCAGUUCCAUCAUUUCCUCGUCAAAACGACUUUCAAGGAUUGCCAAUGGUUCUGAUGUCUGAAGAAGCAGCAUUGUUGGUUGAAAAAGAAAUUUGUCAGUUAAUUGAACUGCCAAAAUUAAAUGAUAAUCUCUUGGAUGAGCAAAAACAGGAAAUAGAUAAAAUAAAUGACAAGACCUUAGCUGAACAGACAGAGGCUCUACGUAAACGAAAAAUUGAACAGUUAUCAGAAAAGCUAGAUAUUAUUGUUGCAGGCAAAACACAAAAGAUGAUGUCCAAAGGAACAUCUAAUGUGAAUAUUGACAAAGAUGCUUUAUUACAAGAAGAAAUAAAUAAACUACCUAAUUUAGCACCAGCGAACACUCUUGUACAUUUACCAACUGAACAUUAUAUAGAAACAGAGAGAAAAGUAGUUUUAAUAUCCAGUUUAAAACCCAGUGUAUUAGAUAAAAACGGAGCCAGUCGUUACGCCAUUUUCAAAGACUUGUGGCAAAAGGGAUUUCAUAUAACAUCAGGAUCAAAAUUUGGAUCCGAUUUUCUGGCGUAUCCAGGUGAUCCAGUAAAAUUUCAUGCAAUGUACAUGUUGCGAUGUAUAAACGACGAAAAAACAACGUUUCGGCCUGCAAAUCUAGUUGCAUUUGGAAGACUGGCAGUUGCAGUAAAUAAAUUGGCAGUACUUGCAUUUUGUAAUGAAUUUGGGAAAGUCGAAUAUCAAACUCUUCAGUGGCACGAUAGUGCAAACAGUUAAAAAAUAUUUUCAUAUCAAAUAAGCAGCUAUAUUUGUAAUUAUAUUGAUAGAAAUUUAAGCAAAUAUUAUUUUAUUUUUACUAUUAUUUUUGUAAAAAAUACUGGUUAAUGCAAUUAGUAAUUUUCCGAGCGGCCAUGUUGUGCUAUCCUAAGUUUAUAGUAGUAACUUGCAAAAGUUAUCAAAUGAUCAAUAUUAUUAAAAAAUUAGUAAAAGCGAUAUUUAAAGAGUUACAGGUCCAGAAGCUUGCCAUGCAACGCAGCAUUGGGAUCUCAGGACCUACAACGAAGGCGCCCGCUGAAACUGCUAGGAAUAAAGGCCUACAUAUUUGUAAAAAAAAUAAAAAAAUAAGCCUAAGUUUCUAAGUGCAAUAGUUGUUGGAAAUGGCCGCUCGAAGCAAAAUACACCAAGCAUAGUAAAAAAAGACAGAUUUAAGAAUAGUAUUAACGGUUUACAAAUAAAACAUUGUUGCAAUCGCUGACACGUUACAAUAAUAUUAUCACCAUCAUAAAUGCCCAUUACCGACACUACAGGGCACAGGUCUUCUGUCAGUAUUAGAGGGGUUCCCAGUCCCGCCCAGCUAGCUAAGAACAAAUUGCUAGACUUCACACGCCCUUGUGUAGAUUAUGGAUAAGGUAUGCAACUUUUCUCACGAUCUUUUUGUUCAAUGUUUUAAAGCAUGUUAUAUUUUUAAUUGUUUUGCAUAAAGGUAAGCAAGAUAAGUUAGAGGUUUGGAAUCGUACUCUUGCUACUAAAUAGUCUUGUUAUAGUGCCACCUUGCAAGAUUGAAAACGAUAUAUUAUAGAAUAUGCUAGCUUCUUGAAGCGAAAAUAACUUCUAGGUACCUACACAUUGAAGUGACUGUGGCCGUUUAUCAGUUCCUGGUAAAAACCGAAGAAUUUAAAGAGAUUCUUUCAUCGAUUCGGCACCAGAAUCUGAAUUUGUUAAUUAAAAAAACUAUAAACCAU